UCUCUGCCAUGGGAAGGAUUCACCUGGCCGGUGUUGCAGCCUUUACCCGAAAUUUGGCUCCCAAUCUCCGGCCACAUCCCGGAUCCACUCGCUCUCACUUUCAAACCUCGGACCGCUCCGAACAUUCAGCAUCCCGCCCACUGGCACUCCUCAACCAAUAGGAGCAAGACUCUCCCAGCAGUGCCGCUGAUUGGCUGUAAGUGUGACUGACGGGCAGCUACCGGGAGCUGGAGAUGUCAGUCACAGUUUGUUCUCGCAAUCGAAGGAAUUUCCCCGAAACUUAAACUUCAGAGUAAAUUUUAUUAUCAGAGUACGGAUAACUCACCACAUACAAACUCGAGAAGCAUUUUGCUGCGGACACAGAGAAGAUCGACAGAAUAGUAACUAUAACUGGAUCAGUGAAUGAUCAGCCAGAGUGCGGAAGACAAUAAACUGUGCAAAUACAAAUAUAAAUAAUUAGCAAUAAGUAACAGGAACAUGAAAUAACCGCAGCGGCUGCUGAUGGAUCUCCGGAGCUCUCACCGCUCCCCUGUGCAAUCCGACAGGCGGAAGGCCAAGGGAGAACAGGCGCAAAGCCCAUCACGCCUACCGGGACAGAGGCCGUCAACAGCAGCUCGUCAGAGUCCCCUGUCCAGGGCGAAGGUUAGCGGCCCUGUGGCUUCUCCUUUCUCCGCUGGACUUCAAUCGUCUUCCAGGGGAAGGUCCUUCCGAUCCCGGGGAUGAGGUCUUUGGAGGUUCAUUUGACAUUUCUGUGCACUGCCACUUUUCGGGACGAGGUUGCAAACCCCAGGCCCAACGCCGCUCCUUUCGGAGCCGGGCUCAGACAGUCUACGGCCGAAUUUUCAUUUAUGUUCUGAUCUGUUUAAUGUGUUGCUGAUCUCACCCUGCGAUUACCACCAUUACUUCCCAUUGAACACAUCCAGCAGCAGAAUGUUCAUCCCUGAGACUGUUCCGACAUGCUUAAUCUGUUUCUAAUCCCUCCUUGAAAUAGAUAGAAUUUCUCCCUCAGACAGCAACAUAAUGUUCACUCCCUGAGACUGCAGCGCGCGUAGUGGACAAUCGCGGUACUGCAGCUGAACAGCAGCUCCCCGAAAGUGAAAGCAUUCUGAAUCAGGAAGUGCUGGGAGUUAACAUGGCUUCGAAAGGAGAGACCGAGAGUUUGAGCGAGGAGAUAAUUUGUCCCGUCUGCCUGGAUUUCUUCAUCGAUCCGGUUAUACUGGAGUGCGGACACAACUUCUGUCGCUCUUGUAUCACACGGUGUUGGGAAAGGGAGGAGAGAAACUCCUGCCCGGAAUGCAGAGAGCUGUUUGCUGACCGCACCCUCAGGGUGAAUCGGGCCUUAGCAAAUCUGACACAAAAAGUUCGGAAUCUAAGCCUGAACCCGAAAGGGAAGGAAAGUAAACGUCACUGCGAGGAACAUGAGGAAGAACUGAAGCUGUUUUGUGAAACGGACAAGUCACUGAUCUGUCUGGUCUGUAGAGACGCGCAGGAACACAGAAAGCACCGCUUCAUGCCGAUUAAAGAAGCUGUUAAAAUCUACAAGGAUCAGAUAAAAUCUUCCUUCGACUCUCUCACAAAAAAGAAAUCAGACUUCCAGGAAAAGGAGCAGCAACAGAAAGAGAAGAUUUCCGGAGUUCUGGAACAGUCACACAGCCUUCAGUCCCACAUCACAUCCCAGUUUGCUGAACUGCGCCAGAUUAUCACUGAGAAAGAGCAGAGUUUACUCAGGGAUCUCAGGGAAGAAGAGAAGAGGAUUCUCAAACCAAUGGAGAAAAAUCUUCUAGCUCUUCAAGAGAAUAUAAGGAUUAUUCAGGAGGAAAUCACUAAGUUAAAGGAACAGAUGGAUCAGAAAGACAGCGUGAUAUUUCUCAAGGAGGAAGCUCGUCGGAACAGGAGGAUUAAUGACGAUGUCCAGGAAUUAGCAGUGACAGAUGAGACCCUACCGGUUGAAAACUUCGAUCACCCCUAUUUGUUGAACACAGUGCUGAGAGAAACGCUUGAUGCUAUUAAUCGAGUCUCUGUCACCCUGGAUGUGGAAACGGCGCAUCCGCGGCUCGAGGUGUCUGAGGAUCGGAAGAGUGUGAGACGGACCGAGACCCGGAGGGAUCUCCCUGACACCGGGAAGAGAUUCACAAAUCGAGCUUGUGUGCUGGGAUCGGAGGGAUUCACAUCGGGGAGACAUUACUGGGAGGUGGAGGUGACGGAGAUUGGGGGCUGGGGUCUGGGAGUCGCCGCAGAGUCUGUGGAGAUGAAGGGACGGUUCAGUCUGAUUCCGGAGACCGGAUUCUGGGUCAUCGGGCGGGAUGGUGAUGUGUUACAUCGGGAUUAUGACGUGUCCGGUCGCCCUUCCCCCGAGUCCCGUCUCGCUGCCGGUCCCAUCCCCGGGAGGGUGGGAGUUUAUCUCAGUUACGAGUCCGGGACAGUUUCAUUUUACAACGCGGAGACCAAGUCCCAUCUCCACACCUUCACUGGGAAUAAAUUCACGGAGAAACUUUAUCCUUUCUUCCGGACUCGGAAUGUAAACCAGUGGCUGAGAAUCUGCUCCGGUUCCGCUCCGGGUCUGUAAACGGGUCGGGUCCCGGGACCGGCUUCAGGGGUAAAGUCCCUGUAAAUAUAAAUGUGCGGAGAGUGCAGCUAAAUACGUGGCUUAGGAGAUGGUGUAGGAGGGAGGGCUUCAUGUUUCUGGACAAUUGGGCUUUGUUCCCGGGAAUGUGGGGCCUGUUCCGACAGGACGGUUUGCCCCUAAACUGGGCGGGGUGGGGGGGGGGAAUAACAUUCUUGCGGGUAGAUUUGCCAGUGCUGCUCCGGAGAAUUUAAUCUAGAUUUGCAGAGGGUGGGGAAGCAGAGUGUUAGAGCAGAUAGUGAGGUGCAGGAGGAUAAGGAAAAUGAGAGGACUGCAUGUAUAAACGGAAAUGAAAAAAAAAGCAGAUGAUAUACAUAUUCUCAGGUACAUCUAUUUCAAUGCACGGAGUAUUGUCGGUAAAACAGAUGAGUUUAGGGCUUGGGUUGAAACGUGGGAUAACGACAUUACUGCUAUUAGUGAGGCUUAGGGGCAGAACUGGCAGCUUAAUGUUCUGGCAAAAUAGGAGAAGGGCCAAUUUUGUGGAAAUGAAAAAGGAUCUAGGAAGAGUGGAUUGGGAUAAGUUUUUUUUUUCUGGCCAGGAUGUGUUCAGUAAGUUCACAGGCAUAAGAAAUUAAAUAGAGAUUGGGUUGGAAAUGUUAUAGCAACUUCAUUUAAUUCAAAAUCGAGAGGAGUUGCAAUUUCGGUUAAUAAAUCUUUACUAAUUAAAAUACAAAAUGUAAUAAUUGAUUCUGUGGGGAGAUAUGUGAUUAUACAUUGUCAAUUUUUUUCAGAAUUAUGGACUUUUAUGAACAUUUAUGCACCAAAUGAAAAUGAUGCAAAAUUCAUACAAGAAGAUUUUUUGAACUUGGCUGACGCAAAUGAUAAAAUAUUAAUAGGCGGAGAUUUUAAUUUUUGUUUAGAUCCAGUUUUGGAAAGGUCAACUACAGUUGUUACAAAAUUAAAACUAAUAAAACUAACUUUAUCAUUAAUGAAAGAUUUAAACCUGAUUGAUAUAUGGAGAAAAAUUAAUCCAAGAGAAAGAGAUUAUUCAUUUUAUUCAAAUAGACAUAAAACAUAUAAAACAAUAGACAUGGAGAUUUAAUACAAUUUUAUUAAAACGUCAAGAUUUUUGUGAUUUUAUGAAAAAACAGAUUCAAUUUUGUUUGGAUACAAAUUUACAUUCAGUUGAGGAUAAAAUUGCAUUAUAGGAAGCGAUGAAAGCAUAUUUAAGGGGUCAGAUUAUAAGUUAUACAUCUAAAAUUAAGAAGGAAAAUUGGGAAAAGAUAUCAUAAAGCUAGAAAAAGAAUCUCAAAGAUAUAUGACCGAAGAAAAACAAAGACAACUUGUUAAUAAAAAACUACAAUAUAAUACACUCCAGACAUAUCGUACAGAAAAAGUAAUUAUGAGAACUAAACAGAAAUAUUACGAAUUAGGUGAAAGAUCACAUAAAAUUCUUGCUUGGCAGUUGAAAACAGAACAGGCUUUUAAAACAAUAAAUGCAAUUAGAACAAGUGUAAAUAAGGUUGCUGAUAAACCUUUAGAAAUUAAUGAAACUUUAAAUUUUUUUAAUACUGAACGAUAUCAAUCAGAAUCACAAAAUAAGAUUACUGAGAUAGAUUAAUUUUUAUCACAAAUAACCCUUCCAAAAUUUAAUUUGGAAGAACAGAAAGGAUUAGAUAUGCCCUUUACAUUAAAAGAGGUUGAAGAAGCUUUAGGAUCACUUCAGAGUAACAAAUCCCCAGAAGAAGAUGGUUUUCCUCCUGAAUUUUAUAAAAAAAUUUAAAGAUAUAUUAAUUCCUCCCUUUAUGGAAUUAAUAUACCAAGUGGAAAGAAUGCAUAAACUCCCACAAUCUUUUUUAACAGCGAUCAUAACGGUAUUGCCAAAAAAAGAGAUCCUCUAAAACCAACAUCAUAUAGGCCUAUUUCUUUGUUGAAUACAGAUUAUAAGAUAAUAGCAAAAAUUUUAUCUAAUAGAAUAUCUAAAUAUUUACCAAAAUUAAUACAUAUGGAUCAAACAGAUUUUAUUAAAAACAGACAAUCAAUCUAACCUGGUUACUUAGUAUAAUUCAUCUGGCACAAAAAAGAGAGGA